UCCACGUGCCGACUCCCGCGUCCUUUCUCCACGCUUCCCGACUUCUUAUAGCGCAAAUGGCGGCUCCUGAAUCCUGAUCACAUCGUCACAUCCCCAUCCCUAUCGCCUUGCUACUACUUCGGGUCCGAGAACGAAGCCAUUUUUGCAUCUCCGCGAGCGACUUGAGAGGCCGGGAUCGGCUUUGCAGCGUAGGAAAAUGAAGAGGCUGCUCGUUCAUGGCCGGAGGGGAAUCAGCUGCCCCUCCAGGAGCGCGGCGGGAGAUCCCUCCGCCCUGCCCGCGCUUGGCAACAGCGUUCUACUGCCCAGGUACCACUCGACAGAGAAACACGACGACAGUGACACGCUGGGCGAAAUCGGAGAGAAGGCAAGAACGACGGCGGAGGAGUUCCUGAAGAUGGCCAAGGAGAAGACCGACGACGUCGCCGAGGGCGCAAAGGAGACGGUGCAGGAGACCAAGGAAGCGGUGCUCGGCGAGUCGGACGACGAGAAGGAGAAGUUCAAGCAGAGGGUCGAGCAGGGGAGGUACCAUCAGAAAUAAGUGGCGGCUGCUCCGCUGCACUGCCUCUAUACUUGCACGCAGACAGACAUGGCCUGUCGAGGUCGUUAGCUCUGCAGUUUGUAUGUCGUCAACCACUAGGUUUGGUAUCUAGGUGCUAUGUGUAAUGUUUCUUCCCCCUUCAGUUCAGUGGCCUUCAGUACUACAAUGUGAUCUUGGUGCUAUACAACUUGCCACUUCCCGCAGAAUAAAUAAUGCUGAGCCUCUGAAUUA